UAAUAUAUUUUCUAAAAAUUAGACCGUAAGCAUGUGAAUCUCCGAACGCCCGCCAACGAUGACGCCAGCCCGGAGGCCCUGGCUCGACGAUGGGGGCGACAGCACCCAGCACCUUGCGCGGACUUACCGUCUUCAUUCAUGAAAAAAUGAAAAGAAGUUCUCUUGCCGUACGUGCCUAAGCCAAUCCCCGAGGCUCAUGUUCGUUACCUUGCUAGUUGUGAUCGCGUUGCUUUGUUGCCAGUUUCAGAUCCGGCUGUUCCUGUUCCAACCUUUCGGGCUGAGACCAGGGACUUGAGAAGCGCACAAAAGGAGUCUUCUUCGCAGAGAUUUCGAGGGUUGUAGUUUAUCGCUUCCAUAAUUUUGUGAGAUCACCGAAACUCCCAUCUUUCUCAUACUUACCCUCUGCUCCUACCAGAAACCAUUGGGUAAGGAUUUACGGAAGUGCAUUUUGCCAUUUGGCAGGAUUUAGCCAAAGUCCUGCUUAAUACCGGCUACCAAACAUCCCCUUACGAAAUGAAGAGCUGGGGGAGGAGAGGAGCGAGGCAACCGAAGCAGCUUGGCGUUGGACUGAGGGGGAUGGUGGGGCGGUUGUCUGUAGCGAUGCUUGUUCUUUUCAUAUGCACCGUCUUGCUUUUCUCCAGGAUCUGGCGUUCAAGUCCUUCCACUCGUGUGCAGGAUAUUGAUAUUAAUAAGCUUUGGAGCACUGCUUCUGCUGCUGGUUGGAGACCAUCAUCUGCUCCCCGGUCUUAUUGGCCUUCCCCUCCAACUGAGAGCAAUGGCUAUUUGAGAGUUCGUUGUAAUGGUGGUUUAAAUCAGCAACGCACUGCGAUAUGCAAUGCCGUUCUUGCAGCACGUAUCAUGAAUGCUACACUUGUGUUACCGGAGUUGGAUACCAAUUCUUUUUGGCAUGAUGAAAGUGGUUUUCCAGGUAUAUAUGAUGUUGAACAUUUCAUUAAUACUUUACGUUAUGAUGUUCGCAUUGUUGGAGCGCUUCCUGAAAUCAACUCUCAUGGGAAGAUCAAGAAGUUGAAAGCUUUUCAGAUUCGUCCACCGAGAGACGCUCCUUUGAAAUGGUAUACUACAGACGCUUUAAAAAAGAUGAAGGAGCAUGGUGCAAUUUAUCUUACUCCUUUUUCACAUCGGCUGGCAGAAGAGAUCGAUAAUCCUGAACUCCAGAGGUUAAGAUGCAGAGUGAACUAUCAUGCACUAAGAUUCAAGCCAGACAUUAUGAAAUUGAGCCAUGAUAUAGUUAAUAAACUCCGAACGCAGGGGCAUUUCAUGUCAAUACACCUCCGCUUUGAAAUGGAUAUGCUUGCAUUCGCAGGGUGCCUGGAUAUAUUUUCAACUGAAGAACAAAAUAUCUUGAUGAAAUACCGAAAAGAAAAUUUUGCAGAAAAGAAGCUUGUUUAUCGAGAGAGGAGGAUAAUUGGAAAGUGCCCAUUGACCCCAGAGGAGGUGGGUCUCAUCCUACGCGCCAUGGGAUUUGACAACUCCACUCGCAUCUACCUUGCUGCCGGUGAGCUUUUUGGUGGGGAUCGUUUCAUGAAGCCAUUCCGAUCUCUCUUCCCACACCUCAAGAAUCACAAUACAGUACUGGGCGCCCAGAAGCUCGAAGAUAGCCCCCAGGGACUCCUUGGCGCCGCUGUGGACUACAUGGUCUGUCUCCUCUCCGAUAUUUUCAUGCCUACCUACGAUGGCCCCAGCAACUUUGCCAACAAUCUCUUAGGGCACCGUCUCUACUAUGGUUUCCGCACGACAAUCCAGCCCGACAGAAAAGCAUUGGCUCCCAUCUUUAUCGACAGGGAAGAGGGUCGAAAUACUGAUUUUGAGGGACGUGUUCGUCGAGUAAUGUUCAAUUCGAAGAUAGGGGGACCUCAUCGACGAGUUCAUCCAGAGUCUUUCUACACUAAUUCUUUUCCUGAGUGCUUCUGCAAAAUAUCGCCUCAGAACCCCGCCGAUGGAUGCCCGCCUGAUAACAUACUACGAGUUCUGGAAGAUCGGUUGCGGAGUGAAGCGGGCAAUGAGGUGGAAACCGGUAAGAGUCCCAAUAACACAGUUUUAGCGGAGUAGAGAUUGAAAUUAGUAAUGCGGAUUACCAAAUUUUUCAUUGAUUAAUAUCGGUUGAGCGAGGCUUUCUCGCAUGUAGAUUUAUCCUAGGAUACAUAAAGAUAAAAGCUAGUAUCGAUACCGCUUGUGUGCGAAUACGUUGGGAAAAAUGUUGAUUUGAAUUGCUGUAAGAAAAAGAAAAAGAUUGAUUGGAAGGUUUAUUUGUAAAAAAUGAGAACAAAGUUUUUGUGUUCUAUCUGGUGCAAGAGUUUAAGCUCUACUAACUAUCAUGGUUAACUGGAAGGGCUAACAGGCUCUUCCUGAGUAUAAAAGGUAACCAACCAGGGGUACUCCUGGCCCCCAAUUGAAGAUUAAAGGGAAAAAGGACUAACAAUUUGUUUUUUACAGAAAUGUAUGUAUUUAAAGUUUGAAUCUCU